AUGGCUAAUAAGGUUCACCCCCAAGCAUCCAUCUCCGAUCCCAGCAGUGAGAGCUCUGCAACCGGAAGACGAACAUUCACCGUAUGGAUGAAAUCUCUUGUAUGCCACACCAAUGGCUGCACCGUUUUCAAUUCGAAAGGUGAGAUUGUAUAUCGAGUAGAAAACUACGACAGCAAAGGUAGCUGUGAAGUUCAUCUCAUGGACCUGCAAGGCAAUGUUCUGUAUACAAUAAUUAAAAAGAAGCUGCAGAUUUUUGGGUGUUGGAAUGGAUAUAGAGUGAACUUAGGAGGAAUAAAGAAGGAAAAGCCGUGGUUUAAAGUCCACAAAUGGUGGAGUAUUGUUCGGAGAGAAUUGGCUUGUCAAGUUACUGUGGGCAUUGAUAAGUACUGGAUAGUAAGGCUAGAUAAAAAGAGCCAAGGGUUGAAGAUAGUGAACUUAAAUGGAGAUAUUAUAGCAGAGGUGAAGCAAAAGCAAGUAUCAUCGGGGGUGGUAUUAGGAGAUGAUGUAUUAGCUUUGGAGGUUGAACCCUAUAUGGAUCAAACCCUAAUAGUUGCUCUCAUCACCGUUUAUGGAUUGAUGAAUCGAAGAUUGUAA